UAAUUACCAUUUUUUUGCUCUAAAAAACAGUUUAUGAACAUUAUUUCCUAAUAGUGAAUAUCAACGAAUGCGAAGAUGCCCCGGGCUAUUCCAGCAAACGAGGACCCUUUUUCUAUGCUUGAAACUAUGUUUGGUUUUCAGGAAGGUUCACUUCAAAGAGAGCACUUGAAGAGUAUGUUACUUGACAAUAUCCAGCGUCGAAAGUCGAGAAAUGAAAAACCACCCGUUGAACCAUCGCCAUACGAGACUAAUUAUCCCAAGUCCCAAUGUCUCGUGAGAAGCGUCAAGGCUAUUGUGUUCCUCGCACUUCUGGUUCUGGCAAGCCUCGUUAUCAUCAUAACUUUUGAUGUUGUGACAAUCAAAUACAUGUUACUUUGCAUGCUAGCAUUCAUCUCAUUCGGAUGUGUAGUUUUACAUCUUAUUGUACGAGCUUGGAAGCCUUUAAGUCAAUGGUUAGGGCUCUGCCGCUCUGGUCAUGGGGAGGACGCAGGCUUGGGGCUAUGAACUCGUGAUCGGUUUUAUAUUUGAACGUUUGCUUCUAAAUGACUAUCGAUGUUGUCGACAUUUAUAUUUUUUUAUAUUUUAUAAAAUUUGGGAAGCACUAUAUUUUGAUACAAGCUGUUUUACAAUAAUACCAAAUCUUAAUCUAUUGCUUUA